ACAAAAAAGAGGUAACAAUGACUACUCUAGAAGAGAUAAACACUAGGAAAGCUGCACAAACAAUGUCCACAUUUACCAUGUGUCAAAGUGCCAUAUGGUUUAUUCUGUCUUGAGGUGCGUAUUUUCGGAAAUACGUUUUGUUUCCCGAGUUAGCCUUGCGUCCGUCUUAUACGGUCUUGUUCGAUGAACACAAUUCGUUGCCGCAAGUAGCAGAUAAACUUGGGCAAGUGGGUGGUAAUUUGUGUUUUGCAAGGUAACAGCACUAACCGGACAAGAACUUAGGCACAGCGCCCGUAUCGUCUUCGUCUUUGCCUUAGUCCUUUUCCAUUUAGGGCUGUUACUUUCCAAAACAUGAAUAUUGCCUUUAAGUGGGCAUUCCAUAAUGUCAAGUCGGAGAGGUUUGUAGAGGUUCUGAAAACCCAAGAAUAAAGGGAUAAGCUAAAGAAGAUACGAUAUCCACCUUAAUUCCAACACAAUAUUAAAGUAAUGCAAAAACAUGUAACAUAUGGGAUUGUUUGACCCAAGAAGAAGAAACACAGGCACAACACUGCGGUUAAACUUUCAGAACUUCAGGUAGUUGUAUUUAUUUCCAAAACUGGCAUUUAUUCUCUCCUCAUUAUAGGGGGCUUUUCAUGAGUGACGUGCAUUACUCUUGGUUCCAAUCAGCGUUCCUCAGAGCACUCGCUGAAGGUCACACAUCGUUCUUUAUUUACUGCUAUUUAUUAGUCGUAAUGUAUCUGUGAAAUUCGUUGUUCUUUUCUUACUCCUGCAAUAGCCAUAUGUUGGCGGCACCAUGUACAAUUAAGUAAAUAAAUAAAUAAAUAAAUAAAUAAAUAAAUAAGUAUUCAUUCUAAUAUUCUUCCGCGCUGUACGGUAAUUUCAUCGUCUUUUGUUUCUCCAAUAAGUCUCAUGGGCAUGAACCUAGAUUUAAGGGCACAAAAAAAAAAAAAGAAAAGCUGCCACAGAGAUGUUUGUUCAGCCGUGAGGGAAUGUAUAGUUGGUUCAGGGAGAUUUUCUCAAGUUCUUGAUAGGUUAUGUUUAUUCAUUCUAUUCAGACAAUUUUACCAAUUUUAGUAAUAAUAGAAGUUACGGAAUACUAUCCUAAUCUUGGUCGAUCCCGCACCGUGGAUGUGCGCCAUCAUUGAAGGAAAAUGAAAGUUAAUCCAAAUCUUCGUGAGUGAAGUGCGAUAGGCGUUAUACUUCACCUUGAUUUACUUUUUCUAUUAGGCAUUCCUCGUUCCCUUGUACUUUUCUCUUGAACCGCCGGACUUUUGCCAAUUCCCCUUAGUGGGUAAGCGCCACCAAUGAAGAACAACCAAGCAAGCAAGUGCCCGGCUAUCAAUGGAGAAGAAGAAAAGGCAGUAGUGCGCGAGGUCUGAGCCACGACGUUCGCUCAAGGUUUCUCCUCCUUCUGUCCUCUUUCCAGUCGCUCAGGUGAAUAUUUGCGGUUCCGGCGCCAAACAUGGGGGACGAAACUGAAAAUGAAGUCGCCUCAACUGUGGGUAUAGUGACGAAGCGGACGAUACAGGCAAGAAAGUACUUCUGUUCUGCUGCGCCCUUUGCCUCAUCGCGCUGCUCAUAGGUCUGUUUUUAUGGACAUCCAAUUUGAGUCGGGAGGAGGACAUCGACGGUACCGCCACGUACAAACCACCGAAGCACAAAGGUCCAGGAGGGAGCGGCGCAGCAACUACAGCUCAGGACCUCGGAACAACUGCCGCGUUAACGACUAAAAUAUACGUUACAGUUAAGCCCCAAAGAUCUGAAGAGGAUUCAACCCAGAGUGUAACAACGGAAUCAUCAGAAAUGAACACAGCAGCAACUAUUAUAGCUACUUCCAGUUCACCUGAGCCAGCAUCAAGCACCAAGACCCCGACUAAAGCAAUUGCUACGACCCCGACUAAAGCAAUAGCAACGACCCUGACUGUGACCACAACACCGGCCACGACCACACCAACGUUACCACCCAUCGUUUACAGACCCCCGACCAUGUACUCUGUAGUGUGCACCGUGGACUGCAACAUCAGGAUGGUGGUCCCGCCGGACGGUGUUUGCGACUUUAUAUUUUUCGACUCUCUAUAUGUGACUUGCGGUGGCGGAGUCGGCGACGCGCAAACGACGCCCAAGUUACAGCGUUUCUUCGACCUGGCCGCUCAAGGCAACGACACGCAGUUUGGAUGCUCCAUCGACGCAUUACAGCUUGGCGAUUUUGUCACUGACAUCGGGAAAUCAGAUUCCCUGAAAUGGGCUCAGGAGAAACUGUGGGCAAACAACGUGUACCACUGGGGCGUCAUGAAUAUCUAUCACGUUCUAUAUUUUCAAGACCCGGAUAUCGUGAAGAAAGCGCUCGAGGCCUUGAAGGCAGCGGCCCAGUUCUCCCAGCCUUCCUCAGUAAAAAGGGUGGCGUCGUAUACAUUUCUCGGAAUAUAUGCCUUAUGGGGUCAUAAAGCCUGUGAAACUAUCGGCCUCCAAACGAAGUCUGUCUUCUCACCGGACAUGAUUGUCGUGCUUGGACAUCUUUCGUACCAAGAGAACAAGUUCAAAAGUUUCGCCUACCAAUGCUAUGUAUUUGCGCCCAAUCUGCUUAAUUUGGACGUGAGUCUGUUGCAUGUCAGAACCCAGCUCGCCCACUACUACCAUACACUCGGAGAUGCGGCGGUCCUUGCAAAUUGUCUUCGUCAGGCUCAAGACAUCCAAAGUCCCCUUGCAAUUUCUUUUACACUAAAAGCCCGGAUGUAUCAGCCUGAAGUAAAACGGUCCAUCGACGAAACGAUGUACAAGAAAUGCGUUCCCGGAAAUUUUUCGCAGGACGUGGAUCCCAUUGAGUUCUGCGAUCUCGUCAAGAAAGGCUACGUCAGUGGGCCGUCCUUCGUGAAUGUUGACAAAACGAUUAUUUCUUUCGUAACAACACCGGAAAGGACCACAGUCGUCUACUUCGACAGUACAGACACGCUUCGUGUAAAGAUCUGUCAAUUGAAAUACCAAGCACUGCAUCUCACCGUAAGCCUAGCUCCUUACGACGUGAAUUACGACUUUGAUUCAUUCUAUUGCAACAGCGUCAGCAACUUCUCAAGGACUGUACACAUCGCGACGACUGUUUUAGACUUUCUUAAGAACAGUUUCACUGACGGCGCAAGAAAACUUGCUUGCAAUGCUCUUGGAAGACCUAUUUUUGGCCGAUAAAUUCGACCUUACUUUGG